CCUACCACCAGGAAUGCCACCUGCCCCGCGUGCUCAGCGACGCCGCCUGGACCUGCCGGCAAUGUGUCUUUGCCGUGGCCACCAAGCGUGGGGGGGCCCUGAAGAAGGGGCCCUACGCCAAGGCCAUGCUGGGCAUGAAGCUGGUGCUGCCCUACCAGCUGAAGUCUCUCGACUGGGACGCCGAGCACCUGACCAACCGGCAGCAGUGCUACUGCUACUGCGGAGGCCCCGGCGAGUGGAACCUCAAAAUGCUGCAGUGUUGCCGCUGUGGGCAGUGGUUCCACGAGGCCUGCACGCAGUGUCUCAGCAAGCCCCUCCUCUACGGGGACAGGUUCUACGUCUUUGAAUGCUGCGUCUGCACUCUGGGCCCCGAGAGCGUCCGGCGCCUGGCCCUGCGCUGGGUGGACGUGGCCCACCUCAUCCUGUAUCACCUGAGCAUUUGCUGCAAGAAGAAAUAUUUCGACUUUGAGCGAGAAAUCCUGCCUUUCGCCAGCGAGAACUGGGACAGCCUCCUGCUGGGAGAGCUCUCCGAGACACCCAAAGGGGAACGGUACAACCAGCUGCUGACUGCCCUGACCAGCCACAAGGACAGAUUCAUCUCCGGGAAGGAAAUCAAGAAGCGGAAGGGGCUCUUUGGUCUGCACCUGCGAGUCCCACCCCCGGCCCCCGAGCCACCCCUCCUCUCCGAGAGCAGCUUGCUUUCAGGGCAGGGCAGCCGUGGGUCGGGGCCGCAGCCCAGGAGGGACAGGCGCCAUCGCCCGAAGGCCCCGGGGGCAGCCUUGAGCACGGAGCAGCGCAGCACCAGGGAGAGGGAGCGGCUGGCCAGGGCCCUCACUCAGGAGCUGGUGCAGAGCCCGCUCAGUCCUAACCAGAGCUACAGCGGCUACGGCGGCAGCUGCAGCACAUACAACUUCCGCCGAACUGAUGCCCGCUGCCAGGACAGCACUCCAAUUCGGAUGUUCGCCUCCUUCCAUCCCUCGGCCAACACCGCAGGGACCUUGAGCAGGGGCGGUGAGCCCCCCCUUGACCCUUGCGUGGCAGCUACCCCCGCCGCAGAGCAGCAGAGUCCGGAGCGCCCUGCCCCCGCCUUCUUGCCCUGUCCGAUGCCUCCCCUCAAACGCCGAGCCGUGCCCCCUCCCCCCGCCAUGCCCUCCGCCCUCUGCGCCCCGUCCAGCAGCAGCUACUUUGGGGCGAUGGGCCAGCUGGCACGGGGGGAGGCCGUCCGCAUCCUGGCCCGGCGCAUCGCCACAGACGGCACAGUCCAGUACCUGGUGGAGUGGGACGGGCGAGGCAUGUUCUAGGCUGCCUGCUGGCGGAGUGCGAGGCCCCUCCUGCAGCCACAAGGACCCCCCACCCCCGAUUUCCACAGAAGGAAGGGUAUCUGGGGACCCCAGGAGAGGAACCCUGGCCGGAGGACCCUGCCACCUGCGCUCCCCCCACCCCUCCUCACCAUCCCGUGGAGCGAAGCCCGAGUUCGUUUAUUUUUGUACUGUUUCUGAGUAAAGUUUUUAGGGACACCGCUGAGAGGGGCAGGGCGUGGCUCCCCUGGACGGAGGGGUCUGCCUGCCCCCCUCCCCCACUGUUGACUUCUUUCAAGAUGCCGCUGCUCCUUCCCACGUUCCCCCUCCCGUUCACAGCCAGAGGCUGAAUAAAGAGCUUCAGUGAGA